ACACACGGUGCUAUCGACUGCUCUGAUCGCUGCAACGCCCCAAGGUUUGUCUGUCGACCCUCCUUUUGACGCGCCGCGACAGGCGCCGGGCCAAAGCUCGCUCCUAUGGCAACGAUGUGACAGGGCUAGUACGAUUGACAGGCAUGCAGUGGAAGCAACAUAGAUGAUCGACGGACGGAAGAGGAUCUGCCUCUUCGCCGCCGUGCUCGCAGUCAGCAUCACGUCACUUCUCUAUCGCGCCAAGCCGUCCCUCAAAGGGCGCUUCGCUCGGCGUGCUGAACAACAAGAGUGUAAUCCUUUCAGACAGCCCGGUAUAGCCCAUGUCGACGACCAAAUACCGAGCGAGAACUACUUUGUCCCCAUCGACACUGCCUGCCCGAGGUCAUCCAUCGCCUCUCGAGCCAUUCACGUCGCGCAACAGGACGACGAUGCCGACGUCCCCGAAGAUCUGCAUUGGCUACUCGACCGCACCGUCGUCCUCUUCGGUGACAGCCAUGAGCGCUAUCAUCUCGAAGCUGUGUGCGAUUUCUUCGGCAAAGCAGCGCGUCACACGAUCGUCACGCCUGACCACCAAUGGUCGCCACCACCCUACUCGAGUGACGUCGAGCCUCACAAUGCCGGCAUAGAUCAUGAAGCGAGCAGACCUCACGUUUGUCACAUAGAUCGCUACAAUCUCACCCUCAUCAGCAUUCACUCCUUCGGCGUCGACACUCUCCAAGGCUACAAAGAUCAAACCGUGGGCAGCUUCUUCGUCGACAAGCACUACUAUUCCCCCAUCACGAGCGAAGACAAGAUAGACGCCAUCCUCUUGCCGCUACUACAUCUCAUGGGACGAACCGAACCUGAUCUCAUCGAAUAUGCUGCGGGCUAUUGGGAUCUUCUCCACCUGUCCAUGCUCGAAGAUACAGCACAUCCGGGCAUGGGCGAGCACACGGCAAACCUGCCUCUAGACUACGUACGCUACUAUGAAGCUGGCCUUCAUCGCGUGCUGGACAAGCUGGCCAGCGCCUUUCCUGAUCCUGCCACGCCAAUCCUGUUUCGACAUCUGCACAUGGUACAGACAAGGCACAACACCCCCAAAAACCGCGUUGCCGGGUUUACAACGGUCGGCCGUAAGGUUGUCAACGAUCUUGCCGAUCAACCGCUCGCCUGGGGUACAGCCCAAGGCAGGAUGCGACACGACGAGUGGGGGCCUAUUUUGCUCGGGCAAGAGGAUUACAUUUUUGACGCUAUGCACUAUGUCAACCCGGUGCACUAUCUCUGGUGUGACAUUCUUCUUUGGGAGCUUCGCAGGGCUGCAACUGGGCGAGGCGAAUAAAUAGGAUGCAUCAUACAUACCAGCCCUCGGCGUCUUCCCCAUCAGCAGCACUUGCGAAGGCAGGCUUGGAGACAGAGGUUCCGUUAUUGCUCCGAGAGACCCUUCUUGGCGCUCGUGGUCCGAGCACUGUCGAUCUAGUAAUGCAUCACUCGUCAGUACUCACAAAGCAGGCAUCGAUAAGGCUCGCACCUUGUCCGAACCAUCCGGUUCUGCUCGACACCUAGACUCUGCGUAGA